AGGAAACUGUAAGCGAACGGCGACGACCACGCCCACCAGCGACAUGCGGCGCGAGCUCGGAGAUGAUUGGCUAGGAUUCACGUCAAUCUUACCAUGCGUCAGAACAGCGCUGCGCAAAACGACUCUUUAUUUAUGAUUCGAAUGAUUUCAAAUGAAUCCGCUAAGUGUAUUGAACUUAACGACUCGAUUCAGUGAAGUGAAUCAUUCAGCACGUUACUGAUUCGAUUCUUCAGUUACUUAGAUAAUUACACUGCAAGAAUUAACAAGUCAAACUCAGUUAAAAAAAGGUGUUUUUUUGUGUUACCCAUCAUUGUGGUACACACUUAAAUAAACCUCAGAAAUAAAUAAAUACUAACAACAAUAGGAAGCGUUUCUCAAAAUGUUAAGAACUCAGCAUCCACAAUCAAACACAACCUAAUGAAAUUGAAAUAAAUACACACAUGCACUGUUUUAAACACUUUUAAAAGAUGUUUAACUAUGAGAAUUGGAUAAAUGUUGAAUAUUCUGUGCCCUAACCCCUUUGUGCAGUGUUCUAUAUGUUAAUAAAGAACCCUUCAGGAUUCUUCAGCCGUCCAUUCGGGGUCAGUUCUUAUCACUCAGCGUGUGUUUACUGUAUCGUCUGUGUUCUAAGCCUUACAAUAUGGAGUGAUUCCCCUAACGGCCCUUCAGCAGGGACUCAACCCCACAAUCCCCCUGUGAUUAGUGCAGAAGGUGAUGAGAGGAAUAUGAAGCACACACUGUGGCGUUGUGUGUGUGUGGAGGCUUUGUGAGUGUUAAGGUGUUACAGGGGGAUUAUGGGAGUUUAACGAGCUCACUUAUGCUGCACACUUCAUUACCCUCAGAGCAGAGCACAGACGUGUGGAUUAGAGCAGGACACGCUAAUGCAGGGCUAAAUCUCUGGUUAAAUAUCUGUUUUAUUUCACACACACACACACACUGUCCCAUCCCCAUCACAGACUGGAGCAGGGUGCUGAGCGGACUGCGUCUCUACUUCAUCUUCCACACUUUAUUCACUUGAUUUGUUUGAUUUGUGAUUCGUCGUCUGGCUGAAACUCUGAGCACAGUGUGUGUGUGUGUGUGUGUGAUGACCCCGAGGGAUCAGCUGAGGAAGAUGACAGCGUUAGGAGAGCAGGAUGAUAAACACUGGUACAGACUGAUGAACAGCAUUUCUGUAGGAGAACUGAGACAGAGGCAGGAGAUGAUGAUGAGGAACCCCAUGGCUUUGAACUCACAGGUUCUCUCUCAGACUCAGCAGAGACUGCAGCUGGAGCCGCGCUUCAUCGACAGGGAGCUUGUCCCUCCCCAUGACAUGGUGUCAUCUUCUGAGUCCCGCCCCCUGGCCCCCCCACUGCCCCCCCACUCCGCUGUCCUUGCAGGAAGAGCCUUCAGUUCAGCAGGAGGUUACAGCUUCCUCCCGCCUGAUUCCAUGGAAACAGUUGCUAGACGACAGGAGAUCCUCCACAAACAGAACAUAGCCAGGAUGGAGAUGAACGCCAUCCUGCAGCAGAAGGAGCUGGAGAACCAGCAGAAGACGUUACUGAGCAACAUGGAGAACCCGCUGGUGUACCAGCACCUCACACAUCCUGGUCCUGCCGUCUUCAGAGGACGCCAUCGUCUCCAUGACAACCACGACGUCUUCGACCUCCACGCCAACGGCUUCCUGAUGUCCGGCCCGUAUCCACCGAUCGGCGCUCUGCAGAGGGAGAGGGGGCGGCGCCCCGGCAGGAGAGCGACCAAUCAGAAGUUUUCGGACAGCGGCGUUGCGUUUCAGCCGGAGAGGAACCAGGCCGAGGAGAAGAACGUGGACGAGAGUCCUGGAGGAGCUUCAGGAGAGGAGAAGGAACAGGAAGCGGAGGGAAGAGUGGAGACUAGCAGUGAGGCUAAUGCUAAUGCUAAACAUCAGCCUGCUAAAGUGGAGCUAACAGGAAGGAAAGGCUACAGAAAUGGAGAACAGAAUAAAGUGUGUGUUAGCGCACAGACGGGCUGCACGCAUACCGACACCGCUAACAUCAGCGUCGCUAACGGCGACAAGGACAUGGACAAGUUCCUGUUCCCGCCCACCACACCUCUCUCAGCGUUCUCCUACGUGUUCCCCCUGGGAGGGAACACGCUACUGCCCCCUGCACACGCUAACGUGUUCCUGAACCCGGAUGAGAUCUCAGCAGUGGAGGAUCUUCGUAAGUGGACUGUUGAUGAUGUUUACAACUUCAUUAGUAACAUCCCGAGCUGUUCAGAACACGCUCAGAUGUUUAAGGAUCACAUGAUCGAUGGAGAAACUUUACCGCUGCUCACAGAAGACCAUCUACUGGACACACUGGGGCUGAAGCUGGGACCUGCUCUCAAAAUACGCUCUCAGGUGUUACGACGGAUGGGCGGAGCUCUCUGCAUGGCUGCCCCACCCCUCGCUGCUCUGCCCCUUCAGCCACCUCUGGAGAAACAUGUAGAGAGAUCGUGUGAUGUCAUUUCCCCUUUAACCUGCACCACCGAAUUAACUCAGAGCCCCAGAGUGGGUGAGUGUGAGAGCCUCAGACCCCCUGCUGGACACACACCCACCUCCAGGAGUGACAUGGUCUGAACACACACACCCACCUCCAGGAGUGACACGGUCUGAACACACACACACACCUCCAGGAGUGACACGGCCUGAACACACACACACACCUCCAGGAGUGACACGGCCUGAACACACACACACACCUCCAGGAGUGACACGGCCUGAACACACACACACACACACCUCCAGGAGUGACACGGCCUGAACACACACACACACACACACCUCCAGGAGUGACACGGCCUGAACACACACACACACACACCUCCAGGAGUGACACGGCCUGAACACACACACACACCUCCAGGAGUGACACGGCCUGAACACACACACACACACCUCCAGGAGUGACACGGCCUGAACACACACACACACACACACCUCCAGGAGUGACACGGCCUGAACACACACACACACAAGUUGAAAGAUGUCUUUAAUAAUAAUGAUCUGAGUGUGUGUGAUUGAGUGUGUGUGAUUGAGUGUGUGUGAUUGAGUGUGUGUGAUUGAGUGUGUGAUUGAGUGUGUGUGAUUGAGUGUGUGUGAUUGAGUGUGUGUGUGUGUUCUGUACAGUAAUGAGGGUUUAGAUGGAU